GAUGGCGGUCCAACCGAGUGAAAACGAACCAGAAUUUCCAUUCAACACCAGUAGGGAAUUCGAACUGAGACUUGGAAGUAGUUUUCAUUCUAAAGGAGGACCGAAAACGGCCUUUCAUACAAUAAGAUAUGACUUCAAACCAGCGUCAGUAGACACCACAAGACCAGCAGAGCUUGUUGUAGGUGACAAAAAUGAGAUUACAGUCACUGUUCCUAAUGUUCAGGAUUCUGGUAACACUGUUUAUCGUGGCUCGAAAAGAAGUUGUACAAAGGAAUUUAUUUUGGUGGUAGAUAAAGAAAAAAAGACAUUUACUUUGGAAAGAAUUGAGUCCACUGUUCCUCAGCUCAAGAAAGUUAGGUCAUCAAAUCAGUCAAAUAAACCUGUGAAGCUUCCUGUGACUCCGUCAAAUUUAACUCUCGCCAAAACACAGAAAAACAAGACCAAGAAUAAAAAGAGACCAGUGGAGCAAAAAACAAUAAAACAGUCUGUGUCUCCUUCCAAGAAUAGCAGUACACCUGCCCCCUCCAGCUCACAGGAGGUGAAUACCAUAACAGAAGAUGUGCCCCCACCAGCUGAAACAGAAUCUGGUUCUUCAUCUUCCAGUGACAGUUCAGAUGUGGAAAAAGAUGAAAAUGAGGAUGAUGAUGAGUUUGAUGACAAAGAUGUUGAAAAACUGAACAGUCUCUUCACUAAUAUGGACGAAAAGGAGUUUGUAACAAAGAAAGAAGGUUUUAACACACUCUGCGAGGAUCUUCAGCUGAGCGAGUCUGGGAGCGAUAGUGAUUGACAGCGGUCAGCGGUGUCUACCUUAUAUCACUCGUAGGAUAUUUAAAUUAAUUUUAUCAAGAACAUCAAGAACGUGUCCGCUUCGUGUAUUUCGCAAUCAGAUGUCGUUAGUAGUGUAAAUUUCUCCUCUUAUUCUUUUCCUCUUUGAGAAAAUCUCGAAAAAAACAGUUUUUGGGAAAGUUCGUCAAUAAUUUUUACCCUUGAUAUGUUAUGCUCCAUCAAAUAUUUUGUUCGUGCGCGAUUAGUGUAAACGCAUCACGUGACCGGACAUUCCCCUGUUAAAACUGGGAGAUAUCCGAGGAUAUCACCCGAGUUAUCUUUCCCAAUUUUCAAACUUCCACCACGAUAAAUCUUCGUUUACAAUUAUAUUCAAAAUGAGAGAGCCUUUGUGGUUGUUACCGAAGAAGGGAAAUAUCAGUUUGUUCAUAAAGUCGUUCCAGAGAUCAUUCCGAAGAAAACAUCCCAAGCAUUAAACAGUAAGCUGUUCGGAAACAUUCUUUCCCGCGCGUUGCAAAAUAUUUGAAGGAAAAUGAACUCAACAACCUCUAUUUUGCGCGAAACUAUGCUCGUGUAUUUGAAAACAAAAACGGAAAAAUAUCCGUUUCUUUACAAAUGCGGUUUGAAUUUAUGACUCAGUAGAAAUGAAAAAUGUUGGCGUCAAGAUAGAUAUUCAGUCAUCGUUUCAUUUCUGAACUGAGAACUAACUCCUAACUGAUAACUGCAACUCUUUGCAUGGUGCCAUCUAUUUCUCCGCCAAAAAUUCUACACCUGUCCAUUUCUUGUCUCUUCCUUAAUCACUCAUUUAAUCAAUCGCACCACAAACACAGUCAGAAAUAAUGAGUCACACUCGUGCUAGCUUCUACCAUGAAACAGGUUUAUCCCCCAUGGCUAAACAGCUGUAUUGCAAAAUAGAACAAAAUCACCCAUUUUAUAUGCUGGUUCCGUUGCCGCGGCUUAAAGUUGAUACACUCCGCCGCAAGUUUACCCUCAAAUCCCAAAAUCUGAUUGAUCUAGCUGUUACAAAUUUCCUUGUAAAUUAGUAACGAGAAUUUGUUGGAUCAAGACAGCCACUUCAACCUGAUAAGUUUAAGUAUUCUCAUUACAUGUUUGGUGGUAUAAUGUGUGGAUAUUGCAAGGAGAAGCUACAUGUUGGUCAUUUACGGGAGUUAAAAGAUUAAAGACUUGUAUUUUGA